CAAACGUGGCCAAAUGACGUACCCACGUCCUCCGAAGAAAUCCCAUUUUUACACUGUUAGCCGAUAGUGUAGAAAGGGGUUAGAGGAGACGGAAAAAAUGGCGAUUUCCAUUUUCAUGCCUUCGGUUUCUCUUCCUCAACAGUUUCUCUAUUCAAUUAAUCCCCAAAAAUUUAGCUCAAUUUCUGUUAUUAGAAAGAAUCAGAGUUUUCUUCGUUGCGCUUCAUCGGAUUCUGCUCCUCCCCCGACUAGGCAAGAGAUGUCAUUAAGUGUUGGAAUGUACCUAAUUCCUCAUCCCAACAAGGUUGAGAAAGGUGGAGAAGAUGCAUUCUUUGUGAGCAGUGAUGAUGGGGAAGUGAUUGUUGUUGCUGAUGGUGUUUCCGGUUGGGCUGAAAAGAAUGUGGAUCCUGCACUGUUCUCCAGAGAAUUGGUGGCUAACGUUUCUUCUUUGGUGGGGAAUGUGGAGGUCAAUGAUGAUCCUCGGAUUCUCAUAAAGGGAUCCCAUGCUGCUACAUCAUCUAUCGGUUCAGCUACGGUAAUUGUUUCUGUAUUCAAGAACGGAAUUUUGAAGAUAGGCAGUGUUGGGGAUUGUGGACUACGGGUUAUUCGUAAAGGUCAGAUGAUUUUCUCCACAUUUCCACUCGAACACUAUUUUGACUGCCCAUACCAGUUGAGCUCAGAGUCUGUUACUCAAACAUACCUUGAUGCCAUAGUUAGCACGGUGAACUUGCAAGUAGGAGAUACAAUUGUAAUGGGCUCAGAUGGCCUCUUUGAUAAUAUUUUCGAUCAAGAGAUUGUUUCAGUUGUGACCACAAAUGAUGAUGUCUCUAAUGCUGCUAAGGCAUUAGCUGAUUUGGCGCGCAAUCAUUCUGUGGAUACCAAAUUCGACUCCCCCUUUUCACUGGAGGCUAGAGCAAGGGGAUUUGAUGUUCCUUGGUGGAAGAAAGUAUUUGGAAUGAAGUUUACAGGAGGAAAGCUCGAUGAUAUUACAGUCAUUGUUGGAAAGGUGAAAACUACGUGAGCAAGCUGGCCUGAACACCACUGAUAUUUUCGACAACAAAAAAAGGUCGUGAA